AUGGUCGAAUGUGCCCGCCAUAUCUCAUCACUGGCUCGUCACUACCGAGCUCUUCUAAGGUCCGCCGCGCGCCACCCAGAUUUGGGCGUGGGCCAGAAGCUCCACGCCACAGCCAUAACCAGCGGUCUGCUGGCCUUAUCUGCCCCAAACUCAUUCCUCCGCAACACCGUCCUCCACUUGUACGCUGCCUGCUGUAAUUCUUACUCUGCCCGCAAGGUGUUCGACGAAAUUCCCCGCUCGCAUAAAGACACAGUUGAUUGGACUACCCUAAUGAACUGUUAUACUCGAGAUGGACUGCCUGGCGAAACCCUCAAUUUGUUCAUCACUAUGAGAAGUAUUGGAGUUCCAGUUGACGAAAUUACGCUGGUCUCUUUCUUCUGUGCUUGUGCGAAAUUGGGUGAUGAAUGGUUGGGGUAUCAAGGUUAUGUUUGCCUGGUCAAGAUGGGUUUCUGUUAUAAUAGUAUGAAGGCUUGCAAUGCGGCUAUGAGUAUGUAUGCGAAAUGUGGAUUAAUGCGUGAAGCGAGGCGGGUUUUCGAUGAGAUGAGUGAAAGGAGUGCUGUUUCUUGGACGGUUCUUUUGGAUGCUGUGAUGAAAUGGGAAUGUCUGGAAAGUGGGAGGAGAGUCUUUGAUGAGAUGCCAGAGAGAAAUGAGAUUGCUUGGACGAAAAUGAUCACGGGGUAUGUUGAGAAUGGGUGUGCUGGGGAGGCUUUUAAAAUGCUCAAGGAGAUGCUCUUUGAUCAUGGGCUAGAUUUGAACUUUGUUACACUCUGUUCAUUGUUAUCGGCUUGUACCCGAUCGGGGGAUGUUAUGAUGGGCAGGUGGUUGCAUCUCCAUUCACUUAAAAUGAUGGGAAAUCAAAUGGACGUUAUGGUCGCUACAUCUUUGAUUGACAUGUAUGCUAAAUGUGGCGGGAUAGCUGCCGCUUGUAGAGUAUUCGAGGCAAUGCAUCAUAGGAAUGUGGCCAUGUGGAACGCUAUGCUAAACGGUCUUGCAGUGCAUGGAAAGGGUAGCGUUGUUUUAGAUAUGUUUGAUCAGAUGGUAAUGGAGGUCAAUCCCGAUGAUGUGACUUUCACAGUUCUCUUAAGUGCUUGCAGUCACUCAGGUUUAGUUGAUCAAGGUCGAGUUUUUUUCUCAAACCUUGAAUGUAGGUAUGGGAUAAAGCCUUCAAUGGAGCACUAUGCUUGUAUGGUGGAUCUUUUGGGUCGGGCUGGACAUCUGGAAGAAGCUGAGACUAUGAUAAUGGGAAUGCCAAUGCAACCUAAUGAGUUUGUGUUGGGAUCUCUUUUAGGUUCCUGUAUUGUCCAUAGAAAGCUAGAGUUGGGGGAAAGAGUUAUGCAAGAGCUACUUCAAAUGUAUCCGCAAAACGUAGAAUAUCAUGUUUUGCUUUCUAACAUGUAUGCCUUAGUAGAUAAGCCUGAGAAGGCUGACUCUUUCAGAGGGGUUCUUAAAAUGAGGGGCAUUAGAAGGGUGCCAGGAAUGAGUUCGGUUCAUUUCGGUGGCAAAAUUGGACGGUCUACAGCAGGGGAAAAAUCUUACCCACCGAUCAGGAGUAUACCUCGUGUUGGACGAAUUGAAGACGUAAAAUUUAGUAAUACUUCUUAUCAAGCUUAAAUUGUGCAGAUAUAUUCUGUAUGGAUAUGAAGGAGCCACACAGACGCAGAAUGGCAGAAGGGCCAGAAGAGUUUACAAGAACUGUAUCAACUCUAAGCAAAAAGGAUAACAUAGUGCAUUCGAUAAUGCCUU